GGAUGAAAUUUGACAGCUAAGCUGUAAUUUCGCAUUUAAUCUAUUCUUUUCAAUAUCAAAUAUCAAUUUGAGAAUUGGGAUUGUGGUAAAACUAAUCUUGGAACUGUACAUUAAAUAAAAGGCAUAAUUUUAUAAAUCGCUAACCAUGGCUGCCCACGCUUCUCGGCGUACCCUUGGCCAAUUACUUCAACAGGGCUGGAAUGAGAUUCCCGAGGUUCUCGCCUCUUCGGGCUUGGCAAUCUUUGGUUUGGGUCUAGGAACUUACGCAUGUUAUGAUUAUGUGAAAAAGGAUGGUGACAACAGAAGGUACAAGCACGUAUACGUUAUUAUGCGACCCGACGACCCAAGAGUAGCGAAGAUCCGAAAAGAUUAGAAUGUUAAAAGUUUGUGAAUAUUUAGAUGCAAUUAUGUAAUAAAUCAGUGUUGUAAAUA